AUGUCUCUUCCUGGCAGUUUCCAAGCACACCAGAGAUUGCUGACAAAGCUCGGUAGUUCGCUCUACAUCAAAAUCGAUUGGCAGAAUGGAAAAAAAUCCGAUGCCUGGCUGCUGAACAGCCUUUCUCGAGCCGCGACCAAAGAUGGCUGUGGCUCCGAGGCCAAGAUUCUGAAGAUCAAAGAAUUGCCACCGGAGGAAGCAGUACAGAUACUUUGGUGGAGCAAAGUCCUGAUUGAUGACCCUUUGCGCAUCUGCCGAGCCUUCCGCUUUGCCGCAAAAUUCAAGUUUGAGUUGCCAGCUUUCCUGCUUCACAGUCAAGUUGCCCUACUCUCCAGCGGCUCAGCAAACCCGACGACCAGCGUCAACAGUCAUGGCGGAGGAAAAGGAGCAUCCGAUGACGAAACCAAGAGCUGCUCUGCUUCUGAUCGACAUGCAAAAGGCAACGCCUUCAAAGAUACGAGGUUUUUGCCUUUUUCGGAGGCCUUCACAACUGGCAGCUGGGCCUGCCACUUCGGUGGCCCCGAGGAGGUCCGCGACAUCGCCCGCGCCUGUGGGGCAGCUGCCCAGCUGCUCGGCUCGGGGAAGCUGCCGCCGGAGACGCCGGUGCUGUGCACCAAGUGCUACACGGAUGGUUCAGAAGACGAGCCAUACCUGGAGACAUUGGAACCACUCUUGAGAAAGUACCCCUGCAUUCACAAGCCUACCAUGGAUGUGACCUACAAUCCGGCGUUCUUCCAGUGGCUUCGCAAGCAGGCACAGCAAGGAAUUGGUGUUCUGGUGAUUGGUGGCUGCACUACUACCAGUUGCGUCAGGGUCAGUUCCACACGAAUUGCUGGACAGCUGGAGGAGCAAGGCUUGUCAAUGAAGGUGGUUGUGGACCUGAACCUUUGCGGAGCACGCCAGGAGAACUUUGAGCAUACUGCACACUAUGAUCCAGUGCUGGUUGGAAUCUAUGGCCGCGAAUUUUGCGCGGGAAAAUCUGCGGUGGAUUUGGCAAUUGUACAAAUGAAGCGAGCAGGCGUUGAAGUUGUGGCUUCCGCAGGCUGGGAUUGGUGA